CGCAGGCAGCGAGCGAACGGUUAAACAAAAAACAUGCAAGCGCGCGAAGAUGCAUUCUCAUACUCACUGCGCAUGCCCAAACAUCCUAGUUUCGUUUUCACUAAACUUAUACCUAUUACCAACAAAUUUAUAUCAGGGUUAAUCCACCCACGAUCAAAAUGGUCCCCAGAAUGUUUAAAAUUGGCUACACAAAUAAGAUUUGCUGUUGGGUGGAAAGCAUAUUUAUAUUUAAAGAAAGACUUAAGAUUACCAUUGCCAUCCUAUGCGACAGUAUGUAGACAUAUAAAUCAUUUAGAUUUUAGCCCUGGCAUGCUAACAAACAUAAUUUCCUUAAUGGAAAAAAAAAGAAAAACUCAUAAGUCUUCGCAUCAAUCGGAUUGUGUACUUUUAAUGGAUGAGAUGGAUAUUCAAAAAACAUUGGAGUAUGAUGUCAGCACAGUAAUCGAUGAUCUGUAACAUGAUUAUGGUGAUUUGACUGUUUCUAUACAGUCAAUAUAUAAUACUAGAAUUUUUUGGAACCUCUGCAGUAUGAUAACAACAUGAUAAGGAAGUAUGCAAUUCCUGAAAAUAAUUUUCAUGUACAAAAUGAAUAAAAUAAUUAAUAGUUUUAGUAUUUAUUACAAUUACAAAAGAUAGUAUUAAUGAUAAUGUGUAUUAAAAUAAGAAGGUGCCUUUUUGAUAUUACUAUCUCAAUUAACGAUACAAUAAAUAAGUGCAUUCCAUUUUAGCUUUAUGAAAUUGACCAAUCUCGGUGGAAUAUGAGAAAGAUCGACUGUGAUUAAUAAAAUGAAAUAAAUAUUGCAGCAAGUUAAUUUGUCUUUACAGCAAUGGAAUGCACUAAUUUAUUGUAUCGUUAAUUGAGAUAGUAAUAUCAAAAAGGCACCUUCUUAUUUUAAUACAUAUUAUCAUUAAUACUAUCUUUUGUAAUUGUAAUAAAUACUUAUGCUUCCAAACCAUUUUCCGCACUACCAAUCCAAAAAAUUCUUUUCUUUCUGCUAUUCAAUUACAUUUCUAAAUGUUUCUAUUUCAUUGCAUUUUCGCCUAUGUUUGAUAUGAAUUUUGAUAUUUUUUGACAUACGUGGUUUUAGGAUCUUUCAUCGGUCAAACAACAUGUAAAGAUAAAAAUACAUUAAGUUCAUGUGUGUUGUGUUUAUGCUGAGAGGACUAAAUGAAAAUUGGAAACAAACUAUUGCAUGGAAUUUGACAACGAAAACUUCAGAUGCAGAAGAGAUGUAUAAUUUAAUUUUAGAAAUAAUCAGUAAUGUAGAAAACAUAGGUUACAAAGUACAUGGUUUUGUCUCAGAUAUGGGAUCCAAAAACCAAGCUGUUUGGCGAAAAUUAGGUUUCAACGUAGGUAAAGAUAAUAACACACCCUUUAUAACUCACCCCAUACGAUCGGAUGAAUCUUUAUAUCUAUUUCCAGAUGUUCCUCGCUUGCUAAAAAAUUUACGAUCAGCUCUAAUGAAUAAUUUGAUUAUAGAAGUAGCUUCAAUGUUUGUACAGUCUGAAGGAUUACCUUGUAAUGAAGUUCGAUAUCGCUAUCUCGAACAAUUGGAGGAGAUUCAAAGACGUUAUCAAUUAAAACUUGCGCCAAAUAUCACUGCAAAUGUCUUGAAACCUUCAAAUUUCAAUAAAAUGAAUGUUGCAGUUGCAGCUCAUAUAUUUUCUGAGAGAACAGCAGCCGCUUUAGAGACUUUAGUGCAACUACAAUUUAUAGAACAAGAUGCUUUAACUACAGCUUGGUUUUUAAGAACAGUCAGAUCUUGGUUUAAUGUUAUGAAUAGUAGAUAUCAAACUGACGCAAUCACGCAAGGAAAUAAACACAAGAAAAUAGCAAUUAUUGAUAAUUUCUUGUAUCUAAUGGAGCAUAGUGUAAUUGGAGGAGCAUAGAAGCCAGUUCAAACUGGUAUCAAGAUAUCAGCUUUAAAUUCAAUGUGGCUUAUAGAUAAACUUUUUAAAGAUAAUUAUUAUUACUUUUUUACUUCUCGCUUAAAUCAAGAUGCCUUGGAAAACUUAUUUUCUACAUUGCGAAGACAUGGAAAUGUUAACCCAACAGCUUUACAAGUGAAAAGAUGUCUUCGUCUCAUUAUUACUUGUCAAUUUAUUGAUACUUCUAAAACGAAAAAAAACUAUAAUUCUGAUAAUGAUGAACAUUACGUUGAUUUUUUCAGUACUCUAAAAACACCUACUAAAAAAGAUGAAGAUAUAAGUAUUUCACCUGACAUAUGUAUGAAUUCACAAUUUGAAUAUGAACAAGAUUAUACUAAUGUUACACCAAUAGAUAAUGCAAUUGAAUGUAAUGUCAUGAAUAAUGUUAUUGGAAGUGCCAUAUCUUCCUCAAUAGCCAACUCUGUCGAAAACAAAUAUCAUCAGAGUCUGCUACAGAUUUUGUUAGUAGAAACGCUACAGAUUUGACGCAGGUUUUGUCUUUUCUAUACUGUUAGCAACAUAGCAACAGAAACAUAACAAAAUCUGUAGGCAUAACCAAUCUGCAGCGCACAUUUGCACUAUUUCUGCCGCCAAUCUGCUGUUUUAUUAUGUCAGCAGGAUUUGGCAACAAAACAAAAGCUUAAUGCGGACACAGAUGGCACCGUAUCUGCGGUAUCAUUCUGAAUAAAUUUGUUUCCGAUCUGCUGACAUAUUGUUAACAAUUUGCUUAUUGGGUUAUGUCCUCCGCAAACAAUAUGUUUGUCGAUCAUGUGCAAUGACACUUACUGCAAAUGAUAGCAAUCGAUUUUCGAUUUAUACUAGAACUCUGUCCUUUGGAUUUUUAGAAAAUCCGUCUACUCCACUUUUCAAAUACAUAACUGCAGUUGAAGCACAUCUUUAAGAGCAUUUGCAUCGGUGUAUGCUACAUCCUCAAUUAUUUAAGCACUUAUUAUGUAUGAUUAAUACUUGGGUACAUUCCACCAUACCAUCUUGUAAAUCUUGUAAUGCAUUUCAUAAUAUUGUCUGUCGUUAUAUCCAUAUUCGUCAAAUUAUUCACGUUAAUAACCAUAAA